ACUGACUGAACUUCUCCUUCCAGAGCUGAGAGUUAGUCAGUUUAUUGGGAGGGGCUGAGGAGGAGGGAAGACACACACACACACAGACACACACAGACACACACAGGCUGCAAUUCACACACUGGGAAACUGGAUUUACGUCCUUAAAGCUUUCACUGCAAAUCCUGGGAACUGGGGAAACAUCGCUUUCUGGAAAAGGGACCUCAUCCCCAAAUCCCUCUCCUCAACUAAUGGAGAAAUAUAAAGCCCUGGGGCUGCUGCUCACGGAGCUGGAAGAUUUUCUCCAUAUUCUUGACAAAGAGAACCUGAGCAGCUCGGCUAUCCUCAAAAAGUCCACCUUGUCCGAAAUCCUUCAGGUUUACGUAAAGAACAACAGCAGUUGUGAUGAAGAAUAUAUUUACAUGAAUAAAGUGGCCACCCCAGACAAGAAAGAGGCUCCUGGGUUACUAGCAGAUGCCAAUCAUUUGGCCAAGGAUGUUAUGGCUAAUGGGACAGCUGGACAACAUCUGGCACCCCCACAGAAAAGUCUACCAGAUCUUCCACCACCAAAAAUCAUUCCAGAAAAGAUUUCAGUGUCUGUGACGAAGGUGGAUUCCCCGGAAGGCUACUAUGAAGAGGCAGAACCAUACGAUGCUUCCAUUAAUGGUUUUGAAUUGAUUGCAGAAGAUGGCGAGGCCGUCAGCAGCUCGUACGAAUCCUAUGAUGAAGAGGAAACUAACAAAGGGAAGUCCGCAGCUCACAAACACCAGUGGCCGUCUACGGAGGCGUCCAUUGAGCUGAUGAAAGAUGCUCUUAUCUGCGCGUUCCUCUGGAGGAAGAAGUGGCUCGGUCAGUGGGCAAAACAGCUCUGUGUCAUUAAGGACAAUAGACUGUUGUGUUAUAAAAGUUCCAAGGAUCACAACCCCCAGCUGGACGUGAGUUUAAUCGGCUGCACAGUUACGCACAAAGAGAAACAGGUCCGAAAGAAAGAACAGAAACUGAAGAUCGUUCCUGCCAACACGGACGUCAUCGUGUUAGGAAUGCAGAGCAAAGACCAGGCAGAGCAGUGGUUGAAGGUGAUCCAAGAUAUCAGUGGACUCCAGACAGAUGUGAUCAGUGAUAGCUCUCCCCUUGCAAUGGAAAUCCAGCGCUUGACGCCACACAAGGGUGAAGUGUCAGACAGAUAUUCUGCAGCAUCAGAAAGUGGGAGCAGCACAGACGGACACCCUGAGACUCCUGAAAUUAAAGAAGUUAAGAAGAAAGGAGGUUCGGGUCUGAAACUCAGUAACCUCAUGAAUAUUGGUAGGAAGAAAUCUUCAUCCACGGAGAGUCCCGAGAAAACACUGGAAACAUCUAAUUACCUGAAUGUGCUGAUCAAUAGCCAGUGGAAAUCCAGAUAUUGCUGUGUAAAGGACGGGCAGCUGCAUUUUUACCAAGAUAAAAAUAAGAGUAAAGUCGCUUCUCAACCUGUGUGUCUGGGAGGAUGUGAAAUAAUUCCUCGGCCGAGCCCUGAUCACCUCUAUUCAUUCCGCAUUCUACACAGUGGAGAGCCAUUGGCAACCUUGGAGGCGAAGUCAUCAGAGGACAUGGGCCACUGGCUGGGACUCCUCUUGUCGGAAUCGGGCUCGAACACAGACCCUGAAGAAUUUAGUUAUGAUUACGUGGACGCAGAUCGAGUUUCCUGCAUCGUUAGUGCGGCCAAAAAUUCCUAUUUUUUAAUGCAGAGAAAAUAUUCAGAGCCCAACACGUAUAUAGACAAUCCGCGCAGGGGGCGGUGCCAGCAGGACGAUCUCUAUGAUGAUGUGGAAAUUUCCGAUACAGUGGAUGAGGAUCCCAUUCCUGAAAUCCAGGUUGAAGAUAAGACGUACAUCGAAGUCAUGCCGGGGAAUUCUGUGCUGCAUUGUGCCAGAAUAAAGAAUUUGUGCAAAUCCAUGAGUUCUCCUGACGCAUCAAAGGCAAACCAGAAAAAAGACAAAGAUGGAAAAUCUCCAGUGAACAAUUUAAGCAAGGAGGCAGACUUUCCAAACCCCAUCCCCAAGAUAUUUAGCCAGGAGCCAGACGAGAGCUCUGCACCAAAACCGUCGCAUUCCGCAAUAAGUGCACAUGUUGUAGUGACAGCCAGUCCGCAGAUGAACUCUAGGAACAAAGACAAAACUAAAGUGACUGUUCCCGCCUUAGAAUCCAAACUGGGGAAAAACCGCACAGAGGCUGAAGCCAAGCGUUACAUGGAGGAGAAAGAGAGGCUGGAGAAAGAGAGGGAAGAAAUCCGAACACAACUCACUCGGCUACGAAAAGAAAAGAGAGACCUGAAGGAAUCCGUGGCCACCUGCACAGAUAAGAGUCUUCUAUCCGGCCUCGAGGAGAAGCUGAAGAGCAAAGAGGAAGAAUGCAAAGAGAAGGAAAAUCGUCGUGUGGACCUGGAGCUGAGCAUUGUAGAGGUGAAGGAGAACCUGAAAAAAGCAGAGUCAGGACCUGUCACUCUCGGGACAGCGGUGGACACCAUGCUCCUAGACAAUACCGUAAAUGUGAAGUGCAGCAGCCCCAUUCAUGUUCCUGACCCCUCGCCAGUAAAUGCUGCAAUGGCGCUGAAAAACAGACCCCUGUCUAUCAUGGCCACUGGAAAAGGCACCGUCCUACAGAAGGCAAAGGAAUGGGAAAAGAAAGGUGCAAGUUAGGGUAUUCAAUCCUCUUCCUGGACUGAGAGACUUUUGUUACCUUGACUUGUUGGACUCCUGAGAGCUUUAUUUAACAAUGUCAAGACGCAAGCAUUUACCGAAGGAGCACAGGAAUCUACCACUUGGCCUGGAUCCCUGUCAAAAAACAGAGACCUCUAGCUGAAGAUCCUUCAUCAUGUUGGGCAGGACUCGGAUCAUUGAAAGCAAACCGUGAAACCCUGGUCUUUAUAGGAAGCGGAGACCAAGCUGGCCACCGUGAAUAUGGCAGCCAUUGACUAAUGCUUCUCCUCCCUGACCUGCGAUUUUUCACCAUUGUAUGUUCACAUCUGUACUGUCCAUGAGAAUAUUUAAUAUUUCAUAAUUUUUACGAUGUUAGCAAUAAAUUAGAACUGUGCUAAAA